UCUACUCUGUGGAGGGGUACACCCUGGACCCGUAGCGUAGCAUGUCUCCCUAUCAAUCUCCAUGUCUUUACAGGGAUCGUUGGUGGCAUUUGCUGCCCUCGCAGGUCCAUUUACCGCUCAUGUGGCUUAUCGACCCAUGAUACGACUCGCUCUUAUCGACCUAGCACACUUUCUUCUCAAGCUAUCAUUACGUAUCCUUAUGCUGAUCUCUCUUUUCUACUUCUAGAUGGUCGAUUUACUUCGAAGUCAGAACAUGGCUGCCCGCGCCCAUGGUCAACAACAGCAGUCUUUUCCUCUCGGAGUUCCUCAAAUGAGCGCAGGUCCGAGUGGCGGCCCAUCUCAGCAGCGGCCCUUCCAUGAUCCGUCCUCCCAGCGGCAGCCUGUUGGUUUCCCAAAUCUAGUUAACGGUGGCGGUCUGCAAGCGCCACUCUCCCAGAAUUCCAUGCAGGCGAGAAACGCCAUGAUGCAGGCCAUUACGAACAACCAGAACCAUAACAGGCAACUCGAGCUCAUUGGUAUGGCUGCGAACCAGCAGAAUCAGAACGACCCCAUGUCGUUUCCAUCUCGUUUAAAUGCUCAGCAGCAGCCGCAAUCGGUCCAUGCGCCUGGACAGGGCGACAUAUCCGCUCCUGCGAUGGACGCUAAUGAUCCUCUGCAGCGAGCGUCUCCAGCCAAUCCGCCAAACCAGAUGGGUGGGCAACCCCACCAGUUCACUAUGGCCCCCAACGGUAUGAUGCGCCCUCAGCUACCCCCAGAACUUCAAAGUCGUAUCAUGACCCUGCGGACCAUGAUCAGCAACGGCGAGAACAACAUUCGUAACCUGCAGAAUAAUCGUGCGGGAAUGCCUGAUGUUCCUUAUUAUGCUCAGCUUAAAAUGCAUCAGAAUGAGGUUGCUAAAGCCAAAGAGAUGCUGGCAAGAAUCAUUCAGCUGGCGAAUAAUAAUAAUAUGUAUAACAUGAAUCUAGCAAAUCAACAACACCAGCCGUCGCAGCCACAAUGGACGCAGCCGCCCCCUCAGACGCACAACAUCCCCCAAAUGAUCCCUCCUAACCGCUCUGUGUCUACUUCGCAACAUCUUCCAUCACAAACUCCUUUGGGCGGUAUUCCUUUUAACAUGAACACUGUUACUGGAAGUGGACAGUCUGGUAUCCCCAAUGGAAUGUCAAACUCAUUUGACCUUGCACAUCCGCCACCAUUGGAGAAGACUAGAUUUGAGGCUGCUUACAUGAAUUACUUGACAUCCAAAGGUUUGAAUCGCGACCUUAGGACCAUUGCCACGAUCGAGCACAGACCGGUCGAUAUUCAUGCUCUUCACACACAUGUUAUGCGGGAGGGUGGUGCAGCUGAGGUCGCUCAGAAAGACCUCUGGGCGACUAUUGCUGCCCGUUUGGGCUACGUUCAAUAUCCCGGUAACGACAUGGAGCCUGCGAAGUCGGGGCCAGCUACCGCUCAUCAAUUGGAGCAAAUAUACAAGGACCAUCUUGCACACUUCGAUAUGGUCUACGUCACGACCGUCCUGGAAUCGAGGCGCAAGCAGCAGGUUAGCAUGGCAGCUCAGCAGCUCGCCAACCCCAAUCCCGCGAAAUCGAUGAAUGGCCCGCAAAUGCAAAUGGUCAUGGCGUAUGCCGAUCUUUCUCCAGCAGAAUUGCGAGCAAAAGGCGUCCAGGAGCACAUAAUCACGUUUAUCGAGAAUCAUCGUGCCCAUAUACAACGUACGGCUGCGGAGCAGAAUCUAUUUCGUGGCAACCUGCGUGGUGCAUCGACGAAUCAGCCAGUACAACCGCCGUCAGAAGGAAUAACUGGGGCGGCGAGCAAUCAACAAUUUACAGCUACGCUGUCACAGAGUCCACUUGGGCAUGUAGCAAUGUCUUCCCCUCCGCAGUCCAUACCGAAUACGGCAUUGCAAAAUGGUACUACGGACGAGGGUAUGAUGGAGCAUCGACCUCAACUUCCUAACAAUACCAUUAUCCCCCAGUUUAUGCGAGGAAAUCAGGAGCAGUUGUCGCGAAUCUCGUCUAUGUUAUCGCAAGUGAAGCAAGAUUUUCUUGCCAAUCGUAUGGCUGCGCUUGGUUCGGUCAGGAUCCCUCCUGAAGAGCGGAUGACCUACAACGCUGUGGUUGAACAAUUGCAUCGAGCAACUGGGGAGUUGGAGAAUAAGCUCCCUAUGCUAUAUCUGUUUGCAAAUGACAAGAACGACGUUUGGGUCAAGCGGCUGGCUGUGAUAGUCGUGACUGCCCAACAGCAACGCAGUUUUCUCGCUUCCAACAAUCCACGGUUCAUUGUAAAUCUGGAUAACCUUCGCCUCAUGCUCAGUGAGGUUCAGAAAGGCCAUGAAAGGUUCAAUACCAUGGUUCAGACGAUUACGGCACAGCAGCAUCAGCAUCAGCAGCAGCAGCAACCGCCCCCACCUCCGCCAGGCGGAAGCAUCGCCAAUGGCCCUCCUGCUUCUAAUAUGUCCCGUCCCGCGGUUUCACAACAGCCGAACGCGAUCCACCCCAGUCAGCAAGUCCCCCAGCCUCAUUCGCAUCAUCAUUCCAAUGCUCCACUAAACAUUAAUCGGCCACCAACCGCCCCACCGCCCUCUCCAUCUUUGGCUAUGAAGAAGCAACCGAUACAACCCGUUUCAUCCAGUCCUGCUGAAACGACGAUCUUCAAUACCACGCUGAAGAUAGCCGCCGUAUUUGUUGUCAGUACAAUAUUUCUGUGGCUUGCACUACUGGGUCCAUGAUUAUCCCCUCUUCUCUGGUCCGGACGAUUUUGGGGUCUCGGAGUCUCAAUGUUAGGUCAUAAUUCGGAAAUCGAGCUCCUGCCAUUAACAUGUUGGAUUUGUAUUCGGACUACAAUUCGCGUUUGUACAAGGUCAGGUUCAAAUUCAGACAGAUGGUAUACCGGGCAUUGUGGUCGGAGCCAGCAUUGUAUGCCGUGCUAUAAUAGCGUUGAGUAGCGCAAUUUGAAUAUUCUUGCUGAGAACAAUGACUUGUCUCUUUGCGUGCUUUCAAUGCAGUCUAACACCCGUGAUAUUUAAAGAGGGUUUUUGACAGUCACGAGUGACGACUCACAAUCUCGGACGAAUCUUAGCGAAUUUUGGUGACUGCAAUUUUUUGCUCUCGAGUUGCCGGCUGGGCUGCCGUGCCUCACUAUAGCAAGGGCAAAACGGAUAUAACACA